AUGGAUCAUGAGUCCGCGUCACCGCCGCCCUCGCUCGCUCCUCCGGCGACCGAUGCUCCCUACCGAAUACCUCUCUUCACCUACGUAACACGCACUACCUCUACCUCGUACACAACAGACAUCCGCCUCUUCUUCGGCAUUACGGUUCUGAGCUCACUUCUCGUGUAUUCGAGAGGUUUUGGCUGCGAGUUCUUUCUGCUGUUUGCAGGUGCAGGCGUGGUCGUGUGGAAGACUGCAGAGCCAAGAGAGGGUAUGGAGUUCAAGAGGGUCAAGAGAGCUUUGAGAGGAUGA